GCGCGGCGGAGACCGGGACUCCGGCUCUUCCGCCAGGGAGGAGCGGCUGGGGCGAGCGGUAGGAGAGGAGGAGGGGCCAGAGCGAACAUUGAUUAAAGGACACAGCCAGGAUCGGGAAGAAACACACAGGUCGGAAGUCGAGUCAAGUUCUACUUUGGCAGGCCCAGGGCCAUGGGCACAGCUGCGGUGUUGUGGGUAGGAGACAGAUCUGCGCUUCAGCAGAUUGAUGAGAAGAUCCUCCAGCGACUGCAAGUGUAGAAAGGUCGUAACGCUCUGGAGUGAAGACCCGGUACCAGCAUGGCUGCCUACUACCGGAAUAACAGCUAUUCCAACGAUGAAGAUUACCCGGACUAUUCAAGGCCUCAGGACCAUAACAAGGAGUAUUUGAAAAUUCAGAAUUAUCUAGAUAUUCCAGGUUCUCAGAACAAUCCAGACUAUCCCAGCUCCAGGAGCAAUGCACACUCUGUAGGCUCCAGAACAAAUCCAGGCUUUUCUGGGUCUCUUACAGAACCAGAUUAUCCUGGAUCUACAGGUACUCCAGAUUAUCCCCACAUCAGGAAUAAUCCCUAUUCUGAAGAUUCCAGGACAAGUCCAGACUAUCACAGAUCUCUGUCAGAGCCUGAUUAUAAUGAAUUCCAGAACAAUCCCCGGCACUUAGGCUCACCCAGAAAGCCAGAGUCUCCUAGAUCUCAAAGAAAUCCCGAUUUUGCAGAUUCCAGAAUCAGUGAAAAUUAUGCAAAUACCAGAAGAAAACUAGAUCAUUUUGGAACCUUGGAAGAAGCAGACUACCCUGGAGCUAAAGGCAAUACUAACCAUCCUGGCCAGAGAGCCAAUUUUAACCAUCCAGGCUCUAGAAGGGGUCUAGGUUAUGCAGGUUCCAGAGUAAGUCCAUACACAGACUUCCUGGGACAGCCUGAUUAUCCAGGUGCUGAAAAUCAACCCAACCCUUGCCAUUCUUUUGGGGAACCAGAUUAUCCUGGUUCUGUGGACCAUCAGAAUUCUCCAAACUUUUGGGGGGAACCUGAUUACCCGGAUUCUAAGGAUGGCCAAGGUUAUAGCCCUUCUGAGAUCCGGAAUACGACUAGGUGGGGUAAUGGGCCUUCGGGCAUCCUUGGAGGAGAGAAUGAAGAGUAUCCUGAGAGCAUUGAAAUGACGUCAGUGAAGAUGGCAAAUCCAUACGGCCAUGCUCUACCAGGUGCUCCUGGCAAUGGCUAUGUGAACCCUGCUUUUAUGGGUGAAAAUGGCUCUCUCGGUGCUAAUGGGAACCUGCUGUCAUCUGAAUGUGAUUGGCACGGAUCACCCCAAGGGCAAAAGUUAAUUGAAUCCCUGAUCCCCAUGACAUCUAGAGACAGAGUUAAAACCAUCAGGAACCAGCCAAGGACCAUGGAAGAGAAAAGGAAGCUGAGGAACAUAAUUGACAAAGAGAAAAGUAAGCAGUCCCAUCAUACCCUCCGGCUCAAUUGCUGUGCUCAUUGUCUGAGCUCCAUUUCUCUGGGUUGUCGGAGAUCCAAGAACAGCCUUUCCGAGCUCCUGAGUUCCAUCAGCUUGUGGCAGAAGACACUCAAGGUCAUCGGAGGCAAGUUUGGAACCAGUGUCCUCUGUUAUUUCAACUUCCUGCGGUGGCUCUUGAAGUUCAACAUUUUCUCCUUCAUCUUGAACUUGAGCUUCAUCACAGUGCCCCAGCUCACAGUGGCUGAAAGGAACACGCUGCCAUUCACGGGGCUGGAAUUUCUCACUGGGGCGGGUUAUUUUAAAAAAACAGUGAUGUAUUAUGGCUUUUACACAAAUUCCACGAUCAGGCAUGGGAGCAGCGGGGCAUCCUACAACAUGCAGCUGGCCUACAUCUUCACAAUCGGAGCGUGCCUCAUCGUCUGCUUCUUCAGUUUGCUUUACAGCAUGGCCAAGUACUUCAGGAACAACUUCAUUAACCCCCACCUGUACUCCAGAGGCAUCGCUAAACUUAUCUUCUGCUGGGACUUCACUGUCACGCAUGACAAGGCUGUGAAGCUAAAGCAGAAGAAUCUUAGCAGGGAGAUAAGGGAGAACCUGUCUGAGAUCCUCCAGGAGAAUGUCAAGUUCACAUUCCGCCAGCAACUGGCCCGCUUUUCUGCUCACGUAGCAGCCUGGCUUGUCUCCACAGGCGUUGCUGUUGCCUGCUGUGUAGCUGUGUAUUACCUGGCUGAGCACAACUCCAAGUUUCUGCACACCCACAAAGACCCUGGGGCAGUGCUAUUACUGCCUUUUGUGGUGUCCUGCAUCAACCUGGCUGUGCCGCGCUUCUACUCUAUGUUUGGGCUGGUGGAGAGGUACGAGAUGCCACGGCACGAAGUCUACACCCUCCUGAUCCGAAACAUAUUUCUAAAAAUAUCCAUCAUUGGAAUUCUGUGUUACUAUUGGCUCAACAUUGUGGCGCUAUCUGAUGAAGAGUGCUGGGAAACCUUCAUUGGCCAGGAAAUCUACCGGCUCCUUCUGAUGGAUUUCGUGUUUUCUUUGGCUGAUUCCUUCUUGGGGGAGUUUUUGAGGAGGAUCAUUGGGACGCGAUUCAUCAAAAGUCUUGGCCUACAGGAGUUCGAUAUUGCUAGGAAUGUUCUAGAACUGAUCUAUGCACAAACUCUGGUGUGGAUUGGGAUCUUCUUCUGCCCUCUGCUGCCCUUGAUCCAAAUGAUUGCUCUCUUCAUCAUGUUUUACGUUAAAAAUAUCAGCCUUAUGAUGAACUUCCAGCCUCCGAGCAAAGCCUGGCGGGCCUCCCAGAUGAUGACACUCUUCAUCUUCUUGCUCUUCUUCCCAUCCUUCACUGGAGUGCUCUGCACCCUGGCCAUCACCAUCUGGAGGUUGAAGCCUUCAGGUACCUGUGGCCCCUUCCGAGGUCUGCCUUCCUUCAUUCAGUCCAUCUACCUGUGGAUUGACACCCUACGUGAAAGGUCCGGCUACAUGUGGGUUGUCUGGAUCUAUCAGAACCUCAUCGGCAGUGUGCACUUCUUUUUCAUCCUGACCCUCAUCGUGUUAAUCAUCACCUAUCUUUACUGGCAGAUCACAGAAGGAAGGAAGGUUAUGAUCAGGCUGCUCCACGAACAGAUCAUCAAUGAGGGCAAAGAUAAGAUGUUCCUGAUAGAAAAAUUGACCAAGCUGCAGGAGAUGGAGAAAAGAGCAAACCCCAGUGCACUUAUUCUGGAAAGGAGAGAGACAGAGCAACACGGCCCUCUGCAUCUGAUGGAAGGCAGUGCUACUUCUGACCUGCGAUUGAGGCGAUCAGUUCAAGAAGAUUAUUUAAAGGCCUAGCCUGAUGACUGCUGUGGUAGCCAGAGACCAAUCCAAUAAAGAAGAUACAAAUGGGACAAAUUCUUCCAUGGCAACUGGGCCUUUAGAAGCAUCUUGGAAGGAGAAUCCUAGCCUGUAGCUGGAGUGUAAAAUUAACCUACAAUGUCAAUUGCAAAGUAAAAUUGGGCAUAAAAUUAUCUUUCAAACCUGGACUGAAAAUUUUCAACUUACUUGGGAUUUUCCAGUGAAGACUGCUGAAAUAUUGAAACUAGGCUAGAAAAUAUGGGAAGAUAUAACCUGAGAAUGAUGUACUCUAUCUUCAAGAAAUGUGUGUCUGAAUUAUUGGUCUUCAGGAAUCUUUCCUCCUAGACCUGGCAAAGGUUUAGAAACUGGUGCUGUGAAACAUUGUCUACAAUGAAUAAAAAUAUGAUUCUUAAUCAGA